AAAUAUUUGAGAUUUUUGAGAUUCAUUAAAGAUUUUCCUGAAAACGAAAUCUUAAAAAAAACAUAUUUCGUCUAUUUUGCAAAUUCUGAGUUUCUGAAAAUUCAGUGUAAACCCUAGUUUGAGUAGAGAGCGAAGGAACAAACACAUUUUGCGAAGAGAGGAGAUGAGAAGAGUAUAAAAUGAGAGAAACUGUUGAGUCUCUAUUCAGUAAUGUAUGGCAGGAAUACCCAGGUUUUAUUGUGUUGGUUUUAUGUACUCUGUACUGUACUGCACGCUGCUACAAACAUAAACAAGAAUGCUUCCAACACCCCAGGACACAGAAGUAUGGCCAAGCUCAAGAUUUCAGAAAAUAUUGGGUUGUCCAGCAGUCCGUACACUCAGAUCCAACCACAGAAAAGAUCAGCUAAAGAUGGCAUUAGUCGACAAACCAUCAGAUUAAUCAAAAGAAGUGCCCCAGACAUGGAGUUCGAGGAGAACGACCUCAUGGGCUUUAGUUAUACACCAAACAACGCAGGAUGGUAUUCGCUUAACAAGAAGAAUAGCGUGGAACCCAGACAAUCAUAUCGGUUGAUGAAGAAACCUGAUUCCCGCCAGGUGCUUCGGUUAUCAAAGAAAAGCGUGCAAGAUGACAGCCCAGAAUUUGGGAAGAGAUCUGGCCAGGUGCUAAGAUUAUUGAAGAAAGAUAGCCCAGCCCUUGUGGAGGAUAAAGAUGAAAAAAGAUCACAAGCUCUGAGGUUAAUGAAAAAGGAUCAAACUCUUCGACUCAUGAAAAGGGACCAGUCCUUAAGACUAAUGAAGAAGGACCAGUCACUUAGACUCAUGAAAAAGGACAUGGCCCUUAGACUAAUGAAAAAGGAUCAAACGCUUAGACUUAUGAAGAAAGAUCAAUUUCCUGAAUUAGCUAAAAAAGACCAAACUCUUAGACUCAUGAAAAAGGAUCAAACGCUAAGACUUAUGAAAAAAGAUCAAGCACUCCGGAUUAUGAAACGGGAUCAGGCUCUUAGACUAUUGAAAAGGGAUCAGAUGGUUCGAUUAAUGAAGCGGGAUAAAGAACUAGGGAUCACAAGUUCAUCCUUUAAUGAUUCUCAUGAUAUUAACCAGGCUAUAAGAUUAUUGUCAGAAAAUGAAGAAAAGAGAACAAUCCAAGCUCUCCGACUAAUGAAGCGAGCCAAUGAAAACUCAAUGCAAAGACGAUCAAACUAUAAAAACCAAACCCUUCGACUCAGGAAAAAAGCUGGUAUCAUCCCUACACUAGUUCAAUCAGCAGGAGUGAGACUAAGUAAGAGAGAAGUAGAAAAUCUGAUAACAAAAGAACAAAUUCAGCAUCUUCUUUCUUCCAAGCGAGAUAUUCGAACGCUGCGGGAUAUUAGAGUGGUUUAGAUGUUUAAACACAUUUUACAACGUUCUUGUUAUAAAUCUACCUACAUCUAUGCUGUAACCUAGUUUUAUUUAAUUUGUACCCUCAGAAUACUGCUGGUUUUAAAAUUUGGUGAAAGGGAAGGAGAAAUAUAUUUUAGAUUAAUAAGUAUAUCAUGUUUACCCCUCUUUUGGACACAUUUCUUAGUACAAAUAAAUAUUUAAAUUAAA